UAAAUUCAAAAUUAUUUGAUGAAUUAAAGAAAAAAAUUGAAAAAAUUAAAACAAAAAAAGAAAUGUUAACAAAUACAGAAAAUUUGGAGAUUUGGGAAGGGAAAGAAUGUGAAGAUGAAGGGGAACAAGAAAUAUCAUUUAUUGAACAACGAGGAUUUUUACAAGAAGAACAUUUAGAAUUUGUUAAGAAAAAUAAGAAUAUUUUAUUAAAAAAUAUAGAAAUGAAAAAAAGAAUGGAAAUUUUAAUUCCAAAUUUUAAAAAUAUUUUUUAUUUCGAAAAAAGUAAAGAAUUUGGAGAUAAUUCAAAAAUAAAAGAAUAUUUUAUUGAAAUAAUUAGUAAUACAAAAAUUGAUAAAAAUAAAAAAGAUGAACUGAAAAAUUAUUUUGAUUUAAUUUAUUCGAUAACUACAAAAUGGAUGGAUAAAUUAAUUAAUAAAUUAACAACUAAAAAGGAGAGUGGGGCCUCAAUUAAAAAUUUAAGUUUAAUUUGGAAAAAUAUUAAAGGACAUCUUGGAAUUAAUUUAGAAUAUUUUAAAGAAGACAAAAAUAAAAUUAAAAUAAUUUUAUUUAAAGAAAUUGGGAGAAUGUUUUUAAAAAUUAAAAAAGAAAUUAAUUAUUUAGAAAUUCCUGAAUGGAUAAUUGAUGAAAUAUUUGAAGUAAAUAAAAAAUCUGAAAAAAUUGAUGAAGAAGUAAUUGAGAAAUUUGAUGAAUGGAUUGAUAAAAUUGUUUUUGAAGAAUUAAAAGGACAAUUAGAAAAUCGAGAUGCUUGGACAGGAACUAACAAAAACAAGGGAUUUGCCGUUAAAUUAAAAGGUUAA